AUGUCCAAACUCCUCGCUGUCUUUGGCGCCACAGGCAACCAAGGCAGUUCCAUCAUCAACUUCGUCUCCAACGAUCCUGAACUCUCAAAGCAAUACCGCAUCCGUGCCAUAACCCGCGAUGUCUCCUCUCCAAAGGCCAAAGCCCUGCCAUCAAGCAUCGAAAUCGUGGCAGCAGACACCUCGGACCCAGCAUCCAUCACCUCAGCUCUCAAAGACGUCCACACAGUCUUCUUAAUGAGCACCCCAGCCUUCGGCCCCAACGCCCUCUCCUCAGAAUUCCAAACCAUCAAAACAACAAUCGACAUCGCCCUCACUGCAGGCGUGCAAUACGUAAUCUUCAGCACCCUCCCUCCUGUCUCCCAAAUUUCCUCCGGAAAAUACACCCUUGUCACACCCUUCGACGCAAAAGCCAAAGCCGAAGAAUACAUUCGCUCUCUUCCACCGGACAAAAUCUCCAGCGCAUUCUACUGUCCCGGCUCGUUUAUGGAGAAUUUCCUGCAGCCCGCCGCUGUCGGAAUUCGAAAAUUGGAGAACGAAGAGAAAUGGGUCAUGGAACGUCACGUCUCACCUAAAACUCAACUUCCUCUGAUUGCCGCGGUAGAAGAUACCGGAAAAUUCGUUGGCACGAUCCUUGCAGAGCCGGAGAAAUUCAAAGGUAAAACUUUGAGGGCGAUGGAGAAGUGGUAUAGUCUCGAGGAGAUUGUGGAGAAGAUAUCGGAGGUUACGGGAAAGAAAUUGGAGUAUAGACAGGUUGAGUUAAGAGGGAAGGUAGAGCAGAUGGGUUUCUGGGAGGGAAUGUUUGUGGAGUACUUCGGGUAUUUGGAGUACUUCGGGUAUUUCGGUCCUGGGCAGGACGAGGAGUUGGAGUGGAGUCGAGGGAUGGCGAGGGGUGAGUUGAUGGAUUUUGAGGAGUGGUUGAAAGGAAAGGAAAUUGUACUUAGUUGA